CCACGAAUAAUCCUCCGACCCAUCAAAUGUCACAGGCACGUCAUACUCGACGUAUGCACUCCGACAGGCUCCAUCGAACGCUGGGUUAUUCCCAAAAGCCUCGGAACAUUAGAGUACAGAGAGAGGCGAGGAAGAUCUCUGGCAGGUGGGGAGAUCUCUGGGCGCUUGGAGCAAAAAACACUCUCAAG